AUGGCAACACCACAACACAAAAACGACUCCGAAGAAAAGCAUGUAGUCUACGCCGAAGAUGCAAGCCAAGAGCCACAUUCUCUCAGUAGUAGCGGUGACCAGGAAAAGCAGCAACCUGGCAAGGUCAUAAAAUCGCCAGAGGAACUAGCCUAUCUACGAAAGCUUAAUAUCACAGUACUUCCUCUCAUGAUGGCCAUCAUCUUUGUACAGUUUUGCGACAAAGCUGCCUUGAGUGUUGGUCCCGUGCUUGGGUUAAACGAGGACUUGGGAUUGACUGGUACAGAAUUUAGUGUCCUCGGAGCAGUAUUCUAUGCUGGCUUUUUCGUUUUUCAGAUACCCAACCAAUUUAUCUUACAACAUGUCCCACAUGCAAAGUACAUGUCAGCUCUCCUUAUUGUUUGGGGCAUUGUCAUGUUAUUAUCAGGCUUGGCAAACACCUUCUCGCAAAUGGCUGCUUGCCGAUUCUUGCUUGGGCUGUUUGAAGCAGCUGCUAUGCCAACGCUUUAUUUGAUCACAGCUACUCUCUAUCGUCGAUCCGAACAAACCCUUGUUUUCGGCUUUGUCACGCUCAGCAAUGGUGUCGGUGCAGCUUUUGGUGCCUCCACAGCCUAUGGAUUUUCAUAUAUGAAUAACGCACGGGGCAUUACCAAUUGGCGUUGGGGAAGCUUUAUCUAUGGUUCUUUGACAAUCCUUGUUGGCUUGGUUUGUUUCUUUUUCCUCGCCGAUCGACCUGAUCAUCCAUUACUUCGACCUACAGAACAAGAGAAACAAGUUAUUGAAGAUCGUAAACAAGACAAUGCCGUUGUAAGACAUCGCGUCAUCAAAUAUUAUCAAAUCAAGGAGUCUCUCAAAGAAUUGCGCUACUGGCUCAUUGUUCUUGGAAGUUUUUGUAUCAAUCUUCAAAACGGUGGUAUGCUCGUUUUCAGCACAACCUUUGUCCUUGGUCUCGGUUUCGAUCCACAAACUUCGCUCUUGCUUCAAAUUCCAAGUGGUAUGGCAUCUGCACUUGGUGUUGUUGUGGCCGUUUUACUUGCUCGUGUCUCCAAGCAAAUGAUAUACAGCGCAAUGGCCAUGAUGACGGUUGGCAUUAUUGGCUUGGUUAUCCUACUUGCUAUCCCAGAUGGUGAAAUUAAGCUCUUGGGAUACUAUCUCAGCUGGGCAGGCACUGGCUCUUACGCUUUGAUGUUAACGCUGAUCGGCAACAAUGUCAAAGGGCUCACAAAGAAGAUCUUUUACAAUAGCAGCGUCAUGAUUGCAUAUACCCUUGGAAACCUUAUUGGGCCUUUGAUGAUGGCAGAGAACACCGCACCACGUUACCUUGGAGGCAUUGGUGGAUUCCUCGGUGGCUUUGUCAUCGCAUUCCUAUGCUACAUUGGUAUACGGGUGCAGGGCGCUCGUGUUAAUCGACAACGACUCGCCAAUAAGAGUGGGGAAGAAACCGAUUUGGAACUUGAUUUGACUGACAAGGAAGAUAAGAACUUCAUUUAUCGACUAUAA